AUGCGACGGAACCGUGGAGGGCCCAGCUCGUCGUUCAGGACAAAUGGCGCCCCUAUUCCAGACUCGCUGUCCUUGAUCCGAUCCUUCAACAUCGAGACGAACCCGACUCGUCCAAUACGCCCGUCUCCCCUGACUGCCUCAACCAUCCCCGAUAUGCCACUCGAUAUCGUCGACCGCAUACGAUCCUUCCCUCUCUUCCUCUCCGCCCCCGACUCGUUCCUAGCUGCCAUCGGAAAGCACCUGCGACCCCAGGUUCACUCUCCACACGAUAUAAUAUUGACUGAGGGAGACGAGGCGAAGGCGAUGUACUGGCUGGUCAGGGGAGCAGUGGCAGUCACCUCUCGCGAUGGGGAGGCUACAUAUGCCGAGUUGAGGCCCGGGUCUUUCUUCGGAGAGAUUGGCAUCCUCAUGGACGUCCCCCGAACAGCCACUAUCCUGGCGAGAACAAAAUGUCUGCUGGUGGUAUUGAAGAAAGAGGAUUUACGGCAGGAGUUGCCCAAAUUCCCAGAAAUGGAGAAGGCUAUCAUGGAUGAAGCGCAAGAGCGGCUCACAAUAUUAAACAAGAAAAGGAAAGAAAGCGGAAAAGGACCAAAAUUGAUCUCCACUGUCCUUCCAUCAAGAGGCGGUAAGCUUUUGGCUCGUGAGCCUGCCCCAGGUGAGGUCUCGACGGGAGAUGUGGGGGUAAUUGAGAAGGGAGCGGUGAUCAAUACGAAAAAAAGGAAAUCGCCCAGUCCUCAGGGAAUUGAGGAUCCAGCUGCCGGCAGUGCCUUAGGAAGCGGCUUCAUCAACGUGCGGAAGACCCUCAAGGAUUUGCCACUGUUUUCCACACUGCCGACGGAAAUUCUUCAUUUCCUCGGGCUGAGUACUCAGCCGAAAACCUAUCCGCCGUUCACAGACAUUAUUCUACAAGGCUCGCCAGGGAAUGAAAUUUACUUUAUUGUAAGAGGCGAGGCCGAAGUCAUCCAUGAGACGACCAAUGGCCAAACUCAGCCGCCACGAGGCUCAUACAUCCGACCAAGGCUGAAGCAAGGUCAAUAUUUUGGCGAAGUUGCUAGUUUGGCCUUGGCACCAAGACGGACAGCUACUGUGAGAUCCAUCACGACGGUCGAAUGUCUGAUGAUCAGUGGUGAAGUCCUGGAGGAACUUUGGAGAAGAUGCUCGCCAGACAUCCGGAGGCAGGUGGAGCAAACGGCAAAGACCAGGAUUGGAAAGUCGGAAGAUCAAGAUGUUCAUAUGGUCGACAUCGAUGAUCCGUCAACCAAUAGCUUGGAGAAUCACGAAAGACCUAUUACUCCCAAUCGCUGCACACUCCCUGAAGUCACGUUCACCCCAUCGAAAUUUGCGAGUUCACACACGCCCAGUCGCGCGGAAGAUCAAGAUAAUAUGGAGCCUACGGACCCUGACCCGUUCUUGAGUGUCGAUAUGGACAAUAUGAGAUCCCGGACGCCACGAAGAGGCUCUCUUGCCCCCCCAGUCCCGGAAACACCACCUCCAGACGAGCAAACGGGGCCAAGGACCAGGUCGCGGUCUCAGACACCCACACCUUCGAGGCCCAUUCACGCCAUGACACCUCCAGAUUCAACUUUCCGUCCCAAGCGAGCGAAGAUUUUCCAGAGAAGACCUAGCAAAAAAAGCGAGGGAGUGCUUCCGGAUGGGGUAUUGAUCCUCAUAUUUUCGUAUCUUGACAUCUACCAGCUCAUGCGCCUGCGCUCUGUAUCUCUGCACUGGUCCAAAAUUCUCACUACGUCACCGGACGUCUGCAAUAACCUCGAUCUCUCCAUUUAUAAUCGCACAGUCACAAACAAGGCACUGAUCGAUGUCAUAAUUCCCUUUGUCGGCAAACGAGCGCUCAGCAUUGAUAUUAGCAACUGCUUCCACCUUACCGAUGAAGGGUUCUCAGCCCUUUCAUCUCUAUGCGGUAGGGGUGUACAUGCGUGGAAGAUGAAAAGUGUAUGGGAUAUUUCUGCGAACGCCGUCCUGGAAAUGGCCAACAACGCGAAGGAAAUGGAGGAAAUUGACCUCUCCAAUUGCCGUAAAGUCAGCGACAACCUUCUCGCCCGUAUCGUAGGCUGGGUUGUCACAGAGCCGACAUUGGCGCAGCAACAAAAUGCAGCAAGGUACAAGCAGCAUUAUGCUCUGAUACCUCCCGUCGGCACAGUUGUAGGCUGUCCAAAACUUAAGCGGCUCACACUGAGUUACUGUAAACACGUAACUGAUCGCUCCAUGGCACAUCUAGCAGUCCACGCACAUCAGAGACUCCAGAGCAUGGAUCUUACGCGCUGCACGACCAUCACUGAUGGCGGCUUCCAGCACUGGAGCAUCUACAAGUUCGCUAAGCUGGAGAAGCUCAUCCUGGCCGACUGCACGUAUCUGACUGAUAACGCCAUUGUCUACCUGACGAAUGCUGCGAAGGGGCUGAAGGAGCUGGACUUGUCUUUCUGCUGCGCGCUCUCUGAUACGGCGACCGAAGUCCUUUCGCUCGGCUGUCCGCAACUGCGCUCGCUCAAACUUGCCUUCUGCGGCUCUGCGGUUUCUGAUUCGUCUCUUCGAUCAAUUGGAUUGCACUUAUUGGAAUUGAAGGAGUUGAGCGUCAGAGGCUGUGUUCGGGUGACGGGUAUUGGUGUUGAAGCCGUAGUCGAGGGCUGCACGAUACUGGAGAAGUUCGACGUGAGUCAGUGUAAGAAUCUCCAGAAGUGGCUGGAUGCUGGUGGUGAGGAGAGGAGUCGGCGGAUGUAUGGGCGGAGAGGGCUGAAGUUUGAAACGAAGAAGGGGAAUGGGACGUUGAGAUGA